AUGAGUGGGAUAGGGUUAAAGCUAGGGUCACUUUUCAUUCGUCAAAUCUCGAAACCUAUUGCGAACAUUUUGAAAGCGCAAGCUAAAGAGCAUGAUACCUUCAAGAAAGCUUGUAUAUCCAUAGCACAAAGGCUACAUCGUACUGAUGUGAACCUACGGAUGAAGUUGAUGGGUGAAAAGGGGGCAAAAGUUCGACCAUUGAAUGAUAAAAAGGCUAUUGAGAAUGGAGCAAACUUUCUUUCAGAAACCUUUGUUUUUGCUGUUGCUGGAAGUAUUAUACUGUUUGAAUCAUACAGACAACGUCAAAAGGAAUUAACCAGAAGAGAAACAGUAGCUGAUGAUAUAAAGACUCUACAAUAUGAGAUUCAGUAUUUGAAAAGAAAAUUACAACAAUAUAAUGUUAGAUUA